CAUCGGAAUGUGAUCAUAUUUUUCCUUAAGGCGGUUUUGGUCGAAUUUGGUAAUGUAAAUCUCCAUUCUCACUCAUGGAAAGCAGGAGGAUCCAUGGUCUUUAGAGGAUAUUCUUUUCGUUGAAAAGUUUAAGAUUCUCUAUUUAAAAUGAUACCGAAACGUUUGUUACGGUCAUUUUCAUUACCCCCAUUCUCGUCAAGGUGCGACUUACACAAUUUCGCAAGAAUUUCUGAAACCAUAUCAAACGAAGAAACUGGAAAGCAUAUGAAAGUGAAGGGAUGGGUUAGUGCUCUGAGAAAAAUGAAGAAUAACAUAUUUAUUGACAUUAAUGAUGGUUCGAGCAGUGAAUUUCUGCAAGUUGUUACCCCAAAGAGUGAUAAACUAUGUAAUUUAACUUGCGGCAGUAGCGUUGUAGUAGAGGGAACGCUAGCUACUGCUCCUAAUGGUAGGAUGGAAUUACGAGCAAAUGAUGUCUUGGUAAUUGGCACAUGCGAUGUCAAUGAUCAGUAUCCUUUUCUUCCAAGGAAGCAGUAUUCUCCAGAUUAUGUGCGGCAGUAUUUACAUUUACGACCAAGAACAAAAUCUUUCUCUGCUUUGUUGAGAUUAAGAGACAUAGCUUCUACAGCUGUUGUUGAUCAUUUUAGAGCCAGAAAUUUUAUAAGUGUACAUACUCCCAUUUUAACGUCAAAUGACUGUGAAGGUGCAGGGGAAGUAUUUAAAGUGCAACCAGAUUCUGUUGAACUGUUAAAGAGUAUGGAAAAAGAUAGUAUUCCCCAUGAAGAGGCCUUCUUUAAUACUAAAGCCUAUUUAACAGUAUCGGGACAAUUACACCUUGAAGCCUUAGCAAGAGCACUUUCUAAGGUGUAUUGCUUCGGGCCAACAUUCAGGGCAGAAAAUUCAAAGUCACGGUUGCACCUUUCAGAGUUUUACAUGUUAGAAGCAGAAGCUGCUUUCAUUACAGAGAUAGAGGAUAUAGCUAAGGAAGCAGAGCUUCUAGUCAAAAGUCUUACAACUGCUUUACUCGACAAGGGCUCUAAAGAUUUUUCAGUCAUAGGUGCAUCGGAACCAGAAUGGCUUAACAAAAGUUUCACGUACAUGACCUAUGAUGAGGCUGUAAAUAUUUUGCAGCAUAAUGAAAAGUUGUUUACGCAUCCUAUAAAGUAUGGUGAUGCAUUUUCAAAAGAACACGAAUUAUUAUUAGUACGUCAUAAUAACGAAAUUCCACUUUUUGUCAUUAAUUGGCCAUCCCAAAUUAAACCGUUCUACAUGAGAGAAUAUCCAAAUGAUCCUAGUAAGGUGGCUGCAAUGGAUCUGUUGGCGCCACAUGUUGGUGAACUUGUAGGAGGAAGUGUACGUGAAGAGAAUUACGCGAAAUUACAUUCAAAAUUGCCUAUCGGGCUAAAUCUUGAAUGGUACUUGGAAUUACGCAAGUACGGCAAUGUGCCUACCGCAGGUUUUGGAAUGGGAUUUGAAAGAUUUCUACAAUGCGUUUUAGGCGUACCAAACAUCAAAGAUGUCAUUCCCUUUCCUAGGUGGCCACACAACUGUGGUUUAUGAAUAAACUUUUCAGGUCACCGUAGGUUUCCAACUCCUUGCUCGACUAUUGGAGUUGUCUCAUCGUUGCAGAUUUUCGAAGAUAUCGUUUUGGAGAUGAGAUGCGAUAGCAAAUGCCCUCAAGUUACAUUCUUUAGUGUUCUUCCAAAAAACAACUAAAUUAUGACUUCCCAUUUCUCGCAUAAUACAUUGUUUUAAUCUUUUGUAAGUUUCAUAUUGUUUACGUAACGUAAAAAAAAAAGCCUAUAGCUGAGAUGUGCCUAAAGAUGCAAAUGAUUAAAACAUAAAAUUGAUAUUAAGAGCCCAGGACUAUUUUACGAGUUAUUUAAAACAAGGCGAUAAGUCGGGUAAAUAACGAAUACAAGUUUUCUUUAAUGAUUCAUUUAUUGAAUGUUAAGACGAAAAACUAAGUUGAAUCAAAGUUCGGUAGCCAAAGUUCUGGUAGCCUUCGUUCGAAAGUCAAUAUCUUCGUUUCCUUAAAAUCAAAACAUUCGUUCCCUCAGCAGCUUUGACUAUCGUAAAGGAUGUUAUCAGAAAGGUUAGAGAAUAUAUAGGGUGAUAGAUAAGUAACCAAAAAGUCAAACCCCCGAGUGAUCAACAAAUAUCUUUUUAUACAACAAAAUAAUGUUUCUCUAGUAGUAAUUCUUACGCUUAAUCAUUAUCUUCGCGAUCGCAUUAUCAUAGAUAGUAUGAUAGAAUUAUGUACAGUAUAAUGGAUAACCAUAUAUCACACAUUUUGUACAGAUUUAACAACUGAACAAGGUGGCAAUGCUGCUCCGCGAGUACGAUAAGUUCUUGAUUCAUGCGUAUUAUUCUUCAGGUAUUCUCAGUUGAUACUUCGCGUGGAAUCUAAACAAGUAUCGCAUCUGUAGAAAAAAAAAAAAGAAAAAACGUUCCAAAGGUACCUCCGUA